AUGUCGUUCUCUUAUGAAGAAAAUGGUAAAAACCUCAAAAAUUCUUGCACUUCAGAGUCAUCACAAGGGACACAAAGUUCAGACUGUCAUCAGCUGUACGAUAUCAUUGAAAUUGAGGAUUCUGCCCAAAACAGGAUUGGACAGUGGUUGAAUGAAACAUCCAACGGUAAAAUAUUGCAGCUGUCUUACUCCUUGAACUCUGAGGCCCGUGAGGGAAGUUACCAGGUUAUUGUGUCGAUUGGUGAAGUUAAACUGUAUCAUAGCUUCAAGGUGGAGAAAUAUGUUUUGCCCAAAUUUGAUGUAAAAAUAAUUCAGCUGAUGAUGUAUUAUUGA